AUGCGUGCUGAAAUAAGUCAGGUACUUGAUUACUCGUGGGAUUUUGUUACAUCGUUAUUUUGGGCACGUUACCCAAAUCCUUACGCGUAUUUACAUGUCCUGCACGAAGAUGUUCUUGACCGUUAUUUUAUUGAUGGGAAUAAGCUCUACACAAAGAGGCUACUUGUUAAAAAAGGAUUUGGAAAUGUUCCCUUUUGGUUGCGUAAGAUUUUGUCUAAUCGCCAGGAAUUAAUAAUGGAAGAAUCUAUAAUUGAUUUGGAAAAGAAGGAAAUUCUUACAUCAACACGGAACUUCGGAGGUCUUUCGAGCUACGCUGUUCUAGUUGAAAACUGCCGUUACGCCCCUAGUAAUAGUGAUCCAAAUAAAACCUCAAUCGCCCGGCAUGUGGAGUUAAAGUCAUCCCUCGGAACUCGUGUUCUCUAUCCUCUUUGGUCAUUCCUCAAUCGUCGCUACUUGAAUUCCGCUGACAAGUCUCUUAAAGGAUAUCGGUUAAUAUGCCAACAGUUCGCCGGUGAAAUCGGCUCUAAUUCCAUGUUGUCUACUAAAUUGGCAGAUCGUCUUAAGGAAUUUGCAUUGAAGAAACGACCUCGUGUUAUGAGGGCUCAGGCUGAUUGUGAUGAUCUCGAUUAA